AUGAGUUUUGCUAUAGAAAAGAAUUCAUUUAAUGAAUGGAAUAACCAUUUUUCAACAGAGGUCGAAAUAAAUAAACCAGAUAUUAGAAAAUUAAUUUUUGAAAAUAAUAAACAUUGUGAUAUUAAUUUAUAUAAUAUCAUUGACAUUAAAAACCUUAAUAGAUAUGAUAAAACACAACAAGAAGAUAUUAAAAAAAUUAUUACUUCUUCUUCCUUUAAUUCUGUUGCUUCAUUAAUUGAAACAUAUGCAGUAAAAUCAAACCCAGAAAAUCUUGUGACUUGGAGUCAAGACCCUGUAAAUGAAAUAAAUGGCAAUUUGACAACAGUGACUAUAACUUUAACUUUUAUUAUUCCAUUUAAAAAAUUUGAUUUGUUACUUUGUUUUGUUUCACAAAGUGAAAAUACUUUAGUUGUUGUUCCUUUAAAAGGGCUAACAUCUUUUGAUCUUCAAGCUAAACCAGAUGAUAUCGAAGAAUGUAAUGAUGGUAAUGAACACUUUAUUCUUGAAAAAAAAUUUACUGUAAGUAGAUUAAAACUAUUAAAAACACUUGACCAAGAUGUGGUAGAAUGUCAAAUCAUAGGGAAUGGACCAAAUGAAAAGAAGUUAUUUGAAAAACAAGUAAAAAUACAUCAGUCAUUACGUUGUGCACAAAUAUCUUCUUUUAUGUAUGCUAUUCCAGAAAGCAAUUCAUUAAUAUUUGAGCGUCCUCGAUAUUGGACAUUAACUAAUUACCUUACAACAAAUGAAGAAAUAAAUAGAACUUUAAUGUAUAAGUUUUGUCUUGAUGUGUCUAAAGCAAUGGAUUAUUUACAAGAGUCACAAAUAGUUCAUCGUGACCUUUCUACUGACAACGUUUUCGUAUUUUCUGUUAUCCCAACUGACUAUGUCAACUGUAAAUUAGGAAAUAUUUGUUGUUGUGAGAGAGUAAGUGAAUAUGGUAUUGACGCUACAGUAACUAAACCAAUUUAUUCAAACCAAGGAGAAAAUUUUAGAAUGCCUCCAGAAAUUACAUCUAAAGAUGCUUCUUAUACUUCUCAAUGCGACGUUUAUUCCUUUGGAAUUCUUGUUUUUCAUGUUUUAACUCAAUUAGUUAACACUAAUCCAAUUGGAGAAAGUGGUUGUGUUCUUCCUCAAUUUAUUCGUCAAAUACCUUCUGCAUUAGUAAACAUUAUUAACAAUUGUUGUUCAAUAAAUGUUAAUGAACGUCCUUCUUUUUCUGAAAUUGUUGAACGUUUAAAUAUCAUUUUACAGAACGCAACAACUGAAAAAACAAAUCAACGAAAAAAACAAAAAAUAGUUAAAUUCCCUUUUGUGUGA